GCGCUAAAGAAUCUCGAGAAUUAAUAUGACAAUUUCUUUUUAUUAUUCGCGUGAACGUUCGCACUAUCUUGAAUAUUCAGGGUAUCAUUCCAACGCACUGUAGCAGUAGUACGUUCGCAAAAGAAACGAACGUACAUUGUCGAAAGAAUUAUAGAUAGAUCUGUACAUGCUGUUUGAAAAAAAAAAGCAAAAAUAUUUACAUAAACAUAUAUGAGAAUUGAUAUUACAAAAUUGUAAUUGGGAGAUAAUCUGACAGAGAGCCGUAUUCUAUAUAUAGAAACGUAUUGUAUACGGAUCGUUUUUACCGAUCUCGUCGAUUGGCGAUCGUUUAAACGAGGACACGUGCGUAAACUAAAUCGAAGAAGAGAUGUUCACUUGUAAAUAAUAUUCUAUAUAUACAUAUAUAUAUAUAUAUAUAUAAUUGUCCGCGUAGAGAGUUGCUAAUUCCGCUCACUUUUCACGUUAUUUAUUAUAUAUCAAAUCUUUCGUUCCCGAAACCGAGAUUGUUAAACUUUUGAGACGUGACUACCCCCAAUAGAAAAUUCUUCUUAGAGAAAUCUCUUAUCGAAACUAAAAUCUCUCUAUCUCUCUCUCUAUCGUGUCUACUACUUUGAUUACAUAAAGUAUAUGUUGUGAGACAAAAGUUGUAUUAUACUAUUGUUGAAAAAAAAAAAAAAAAAGAACAGAGAAAAAAAAAUAGUAAUAUGUAUAUAUAUAUAAAAAAAUGUCGCGCAGAGCAGAGCGAGAAAGUUUGCCACCCGGGUAUAAACUCGACUUUCAUAAAACUGCAAGUCUUGUGACCAUCGUCGACAACCGUCUGGGAAACAUAAUUACAUACGAUUCUACGUCACGUUAAAUAUAUGUUCAGCAGACGUUAUUGCUAAAUAACAAAGAAAAAGAACUUGCAUCUUUAUAAAAAAAAAAAAUGGUUGUUCCCUGAAAGAAAUCGGUGACAGAGUUAAAACUCGUUUUCUGCUUCAAGUUUUGAGAACGCGCGGGACAUUACUAUUCAGAGACAGAGGUAGAAAAACUGUAAUGUGUAUCUAUAUAUAUAUAUCUUCUAGUUCGAAUUCUGAAACUGAGAUAAAUUAUAUCGGAGAAUCACCACAGGCGCAUGUAUGCAUUGUAUACGUAGUAUUUUUGUAAAUCGUACAUUGACCGACGCGUGCAACAAGGAAGAUUUUAAUUUCUCAUUCUUCCGUUGAAACAAACCAAGAAGAAGAAAAACAAGCUAUUAUAUUAUAAUUUUCAUUAUCUUCGUUUGGUGAACGUACGCUUUACGAAAUAUUACGCGAGAGUGUGAUGUGCGACAUCACACAGGUGGAUACAUUUUUCUCUUGUAUCGGUCAUAUCACUACAACACAUCGAUAUUAUGCGGAGAUUUUUAUUAUAAUAAAGUGUAUAAAAAUAAUUUUUAUGUUUUACACACAAAGACUGAAGCGAAAAAUGUCUUGCGCACGAAGAGCGACCGAUCCGAGAGAACACUUCGGAACACCACCGCGUAUUAUAUAUAUAUAUAUGUGCGUAUUUGUAUUAUAUAAAUUAUAUAUAUAGCCACAUUCUAUAUAUAUAUAUAUAUACAUAUAUAUAUAUACGAUAUAAUGUAUGUGACACGACUGUAUUCGACUGUGCGCUUAUGUAUCGUGUAUGCAUCAGCGGAGGGAAGGGGGGGGAAGUGCUAAUUAGACAAACGUACUAAAGAAACGAGAGAAUAGAUAAUCGAGAGGAUAAAUGGCUCUCUUUAACCUCUGCAAAUCCUCACGAAGAAAUGUUUCCGCAAAGAGAUAAAAAAAAAAUAUUUGUUACAAUAGUCUUUCAUGUAACAUAUUGUUUAUUUUAACACACGUUUAACUGUAAACUGUUACGUUGAUAUUGUUGAAUAGUUGAAUUUUUGACUUGCGUGUGGUUGUCUAUAGUUACAUAUAUAUAUAUAUACAUACUUCAGAUUUUGAUUGGAUUGAUAUAUUCCAGUUGAAAAUAGAUUGACUUAUAUUAAGUUAAUGUAAAAAUAAGCUUCGUGUGAACAACGUUGCAUUCGGAGUAUAAAUAUAUUUGUUGUUGCGUUUUAUGGAUUGUGUGCUAUAAAAUAAGAAUUUAGACACAUGUGUUAUAUUAAAUUUAUUACACAACAUCACACACACACACACACACACACGCCCACGCUUGACACACAAACUGCAAAAACUGAAUAUUUGCCGAAAAUGUACCAACAUAUUUUUACCCCACAAUACAACCCAAAAAAGGAGAGAGAACGAGUUCUCUGUUUCUCUGUGAACGUGAGAGAGUCACAUUAUACCAGACACAAUAAUCCAUUAACGAGCUAGAUUAUCGAGACAAGACACAAAACUCUAUGAUUAAAAUUAGCUGAGUGUAAUCGUAGUGAAUCGCACGUAUGUACGUAUAAGGAUGACACGCAAAUAUGUACGUAACACAAAGGCUGUAAGUAUUUAUUGUAAUCCCUUUUUCGCGUCUGGGAAACAGAGUGCGCGCGGAGAUGAAGCCGCGAUGAAGACAAAGAAAAAAGAAAAAAAAAACAAAACUAACCCACACACAGACGAGACUCUCGAAGAGAACGCGAGAAUACACGGAGUAAAAAGAUACAUAUAAAAAAAAGUUUAUAUGUAAACAACAUAUCAUAUGAAACACCGUAGGCUUAAUGUAGCAAAAAAGAGCAUAGUGUGCUUUAAUAAUUAAGAAACUAUAUUUCACUUUGCACAUGUAAUCGCUAUAUUUGUUUUCUUCAUCAGUUUCAUUAGAAAUGUAAUAUGGAUCUUUUUCAUGCUUUUUUGUUCACCGUUUUUUCUCGGUUGACGAUACGUACUUUUUUAAAUCGACAAAAUUUAAAUACUGCGCGCGCGCAUCGGAAGAAUAUAUUUAAAAAAAAAGAAAAAAAAAACAUCUAAAAACUCGUUUAUAAAAGAUUCUAUAAAUAUUUCGUACGUGAAGAUCAUUAUUUGUUACGAAUAUUCGACGAAACAAUAAUAAAAAGCAAACUAUUGAAAAAAAAAAAAAAAAAAUCGAAUAUAUACAGGAAGACAUUGCUUAUAUAUAUACAUAUAUAUAUAUAUACAGGAAACAACAUUUCUUCUGAAAUAUUCUUCACGCAUUGAAAUAACACGAUGAAUUUUAACGAAGCAUUGCAAUUAGACGCAUAUUUGCGAGUACUUGAUGAAAAAAUGAAAGUUUUGUGUUCGUCGAUAACAAAAACAUUUUAUCGCAAUAAAAUAAAUGUUCUGUGAACACACAAGAUCGCAUUUAAAUAACGCAAUACUGAUUGUUGUUGUGUGUUUUUUUUUGUUUUGUUUUUUCUUUCAUGCGGAUUUUUUCUUUUAAGAGCUCUGCUUUAUUAUAUCUUAUACAUAAAUGCUAUACACGCGUACGUAUAAUGCUUGUGCGUGUGUGUGCGUGCGCGUGUGUACGUACGUAUGUGUGCGCGCGUAUGAGUCGUGUACACAUGCGUACGGACAAUGGCACCAGGCAGACUGUUUAUAAAAGAAGAAACGAGCGGAUAUAUGUUUACGUUUUCGCGGAGAGAGACUCUUGCGAUCUCUCUGAACAACGUACGGUGUGUCAAAACGGGGCUCGCGCAAAACGACACGUCGGUGAUUAAAACCAAAAAGCGAAAGCCGUAAACGUUUGCCGUAACAAUAACGGCAAAUUGAUGUGAUUUUCACGCGUCAGUAUAUUGACUAACGUAGAGGAGAUAUAAUAAUUUAUCUCCGAUAUUGUGUGUGAAUUGUAUCAAUUUGCCGUUAUCGUUAUCGCGAACAACGUUACAUUUAUACUACAUCGAAGAAACGAACACGUGUGUGUAUAUAUUUUCAAUAACUAUUUCGUUUUAUACUGCACGCGCGGGAGACAUCGUGCGCGCGUGUGAAGGUGAGAACGCCGAUUGUUUUUUUAAGUGAUUUAAGUAUAUGAGAUGACUGAGGAAAAAACGAAAUUGUAUGAGAUCGUGAUCACGAUAACACGUGUAGUAGUGAAACGUUCGUUUCGUCUGUACCGACUGUGCGAUGUCGCAUGGCGUUCCCAAUUGCGAAAUCUAUCUCGCAAGGGUCUGUUGAAGAAGCUGCGUUUUUUAUUAAAUCACUUGAACCUUCGUACAAUCGUGAAGUGCUUCAAUCAGGGAAUAUUAUCCAACGAUCCGGACGUUAUCCGCGUAACUUACGAUGAAAUCGUUCGGCGCGGUUUACACAGCACGGUCUACGUCGAGGCUGUAAUCAAAAGAUACAAGAAGUUGUGUGAGUGCGAGACCCCGAGCAACAAUAAUGCAUUGAAUGCGGUGGAAAAUACACCUAACGGAAAUACAGUGAAGAUGGAGCCGGGGACUUUACAAAAACCUAUUCUCAAAAGAUCAUUGGACGGAGACCUAGAAGAGACCUUUAGUACAAAAAAACGUAAAAAUCCGCAACCGAAAAAUGCAGUAUGCGCAUUAAAUGAGUUGAAAAAUGGAGCUAUAUACAAGGUCGUGGAGCAGACCGGACCUACACACGCGCCGAUUUUUACCAUGGCUGUACAAGUUGAUGGGCAAACAUACGAAGGAAAAGGAAAAACCAAGAAGGCGGCUAAGCAAGCCGCUGCCGAAAUUGCGUUGAGAAACAUCGUUCAAUUUCGAACUCCCGAAGUUCAUCAAGCUAUCAAUACUUGCCAGCCUGUUGUGCCUCUUGAACCAGAUUUCACGAGCGACGUGACGGAACGUGAUAAUCAUCUUGUCAAUGCGUUUAAACCAUUAGCGCAGCAACCAAAGAAUCCUAAUACAUUUUUAGAUAAAGGCCCAGUAGCAUUGAUUAACGAACUCUAUCCGGGUAUUACGUAUAACUGCAUAUCUGACAACGGGGAAAGUUAUGCGAAGUUCACGGUUUCGGUAACUAUUGAAGGAGAGACAUUCGAGGGGACUGGUUCUAGUAAGAAACAGGCCAAAGCGGCAGCAAGUAAAGCUGCUUUAGCUAAAUUAAGAAAUGUCCAUAGUUCCUCAUUCUGUAUACCACUUCGCAUAUUUAAUAAUGCUGCAAAUUGGCAAGAAAUGACUCUGCCGCAGAUAUUAGCUGACAAAAUUGGCAAAAUGGUUAACACGAAAUUCGGAGAACUUAUUCAGAACAAGCCGCAGCACGCACGGCGUAAAGUUUUAGCUGGUAUUGUACAAACAAAAGGAACAGAUGCUCUACUAAUAUGUAUUGCUACUGGUACAAAAUGUAUAUCUGGCGAGCAUCUGAGCGUCAGUGGCGGUGCCGUGAACGAUUGUCACGCAGAAGUUGUGGCACGGCGAUGCCUCUGUGAGUAUCUGUACAAUCAACUGGAACUUCACAUUGAAGACAAGAACGCGGAGUCCAUUCUCGAAUCCACCAAAAAGGGAUUCAAACUGAAGGAAGGCAUACAAUUUCAUCUAUACAUCAAUACCGCUCCCUGCGGAGACGCGAGAAUCUUUUCGCCUCACGAAGAAAACGACGCUAUCGACAAACAUCCCAACAGACGAGCUAGAGGUCAGUUACGCACGAAGAUUGAAUCCGGCGAGGGGACUAUUCCCGUUAAGAGUCACGAGAGCCAAGGGAUUCAAACUUGGGAUGGUGUACUAAUGGGGCAAAGACUGUUGACGAUGUCGUGUUCGGACAAAAUAGCUCGAUGGAACGUACUUGGCGUACAAGGUGCGCUCCUAAGCCACUUCAUCGAGCCAAUUUACUUCCACAGCAUUGUCCUCGGCAGUCUGUUAAACCCGAGCCAUAUGUACAGAGCGGUAUGCGGUCGUAUUGAAAAUCAUAUUCAGGGUUUGCCGCCGCCGUAUAAACUUAACAAACCCUGUAUGAGUCUCGUCACGUCGAAUGAAGUGAGACAACCUGGAAAAGCACCUAAUUACAGCGUAAACUGGACAAUUGGACAACUCGAUGCUGAAGUUAUAAACAGCACAACUGGCAAAGAUGAAUUAGGGAAACCGUCUAGACUAUCGAAACAAGCGUUUUUCAGAAGAUUUUUCAAUCUCCUAAAUAACAAGGUUCCAACCAUAGAUGAAGUCGACGAAAAUAAAUGUCGUCACUAUCUCGAAGCAAAAUCUUCAGUAAAAGAUUACUCGCUUGCCAAGCAGCAACUAAAGGACGCUUUUAUGAGAGCGCAUCUUGGAAGCUGGGUAAAAAAACCGAUUGAACAAGAUAUGUUCGAAAUAGAUAUCUGACUAAAUUGGAGUGAUAAUAACAUCACAAUAAGUAAUUCGAAACCUCAAGACAUAGAUUAUGUAGUUCCUAGUGCAAACUAGAUCGCUCGUUCGGCGUGUCAUAAUAUGGCAGAAUUUGGUAUCAGUAAAGCAUAAAUCGUAGGAUUUCGCAAUUACAUAAUUCUUGAUUUUGAUCUCAGAUUUAUCGUGUUCAAAGUAUAUUACGAAUUAUUAGUGGUUAUUAAUAGUUACGUUCUAUUACAACAGUAGUCGAUAGAAAAAAAACAAAAAAACACAAAAAAAAAUCACAAAAAAAAAAUACCCAGUAUCAGAACUUGAAGCUUUAUAUUGUUUUGACGUAUUAAUAGCGGAGAUAGUUGUUAACGGAAAAUCGAUUUCAGCACACAUAUCCAUAUAGAAUUUCAUAGAAUUAAAUAUGAUCUUGUAAAGCAAUUUAUUAUUACGAUAAAAUUCUUAAUAAUUUUGAUGCAGCAUCCGAAAACGUAAAGGAGACAUAUAUUUAUUUGUAUAAAUUAUUUAUAAUAUAAUUUUUUUUUUUUUUUUUUUUUUCAUUUCUUUGUACAUAUAAUAAUUUCGUUGUUUCGUGGAGACAUUCUACAUAAUUUUCACCCUCUUCUUCAGUUUUUUGACACAUACUACAUAGGCAACUGACUUAAUCAAGUCAUUUCGUAUAGUAGUUUUUAAUUAAAGUGUAGCAUUAAGAGAUGCAACAUUUAGUCUUUUAUAGACAUAUACAUGUAUACACACAUAUAUAUGUAUAUACAUUAAAAAAAAAAAAAGUGCAUUAUACCUAGACAUUCCCAGAUAACAUUCUACAUCGAAAAUACGCAAAUUUUUUUAUUAAGAUUUAUCACAAAGAUAUAUAAUCGACUUGUUUAACAAAGAUAAGAAAUGAUAUCUCGUUCAGUGUGCAAUGUAUUUUUAUACGCACUUAUAUGCGCGUGUGAACAACGAACAUCACGUAUGUUAAAACUACACAAAUGAACAUAUCUUUUGUGUAAGUGGGUAUAAAAGGCUAUUCGUGUCGAACGAAAUUUGUACGAAUUUCUGUUUCGCGAGAAACACAACCACUUCCCCUCCCCGGGAGACGUCUUAACUUUAUUCGCAUUAUUCACAAGUCCGCGCAAUGCUAUCUGGGAUUUUUAUAAGGUAUUAGAUAUCGUGGCAACGAGUAAAGUUGCAACAACACUUUACAUCCUCGACGGCUGUGAUUGGAUUCAGAUCUGAAAAAAAAAAAAAAAAAAAAAAAAAAAAUGGAUCUUAAUCGUAAAAGAUACCAAUUUUGUUGCAAAGUUCAGCAAAAAAGGAGAGAGAUGGGACAGAGUUUUACAUCAUGAUGAUUCUGUACGCUCUGUACACAUACACACACACACACACACAUACAACACACGGUGUUCUCGUUUACCAAUUGCACUUGUUGAAAUCAUAUAUAUAUAUAUAUAAAUUUAUUUAUAGAAGCAACGCGAAAGUGAAUGCGAAGAACAUCUUUGGUCAACUUUCAAUUUUAGAAAAAAAACUUUAAUUAAAAACUCAAGACACAUUGUCCCCCCCCCCCCACACACAAUUGGUCCAAAUAUAUCUAAAAACUAUAUAUAUUUCAUCGUCUUGUGCAACGAUUCGAACUUGCGCUUUCUUAAGAUUUUUGUGAUAUAUUAUUUAGACAUAUGUGUAAAAAAUAAGAGAAAAUGUCCUCAACACAAGCAAGUUACGAACGGGAUCGCACGUGCUUUAGUAUAUUUGGUAACGGGUAUCGCAGUGAUUUUUGUUUUUUUUCUUUUUUGUUUUAUUUGUUUUUGUUUUUGUUAACACACAAAAGUCUUCUCGGUGUAGAUAAUUUAAUUUGCAAGAAGAUCGAAUUUUGUUUUUCCAAGGUAUUUGACUAAGAAAGUGUAUAUUCGAAAAACGGCAAAAUGUCAGGAAAUGUCGCCACUCGUGCGUAAACUUUUUUUUUUUACAAACACUGACGAAAUUUUAUCUGAUUUUGUAAAUUAGAAUCUUUUCGUAUCGAGUCCCGCGCGCGUAAUAUACGCGCAACUGUCUGCAACCAGUUCAAUGGCUAUUAUUUUCAGUACGUAUAUGAUAUUAUAGAUGUACAGGAAGUAUAAAACUAGAAGAGAGUAGACGAUGUAUAAAAAAGAAAAAACAAAAAAAUUACGAUACUACACACUAUGUGAAUUAUAUAGUUCUUCAGAUAUAAAAAUACGUUAUAAGUAAUAUAGAGUAUAUUAAUUAGAGGUAGAAAGAGAGAAUCCUAAGGUCAUUGCCUCACUGUGCCAGUAUUAUGAUUAAUACAAUUCUGCCGUAGUGACACACUGCCCGGUGCUGGUCCAGUUUUGCAUAAAGAACUUUAUUUGAUUUUAUUUUUAAAUAUACUACGUUUAUAUAUACAACACCGAAAAAACCAAAAAAACCUUUGUUGUUUUUUUUAGAGAAUCGCAUAUAUAUAUAUACACAAUAGAUUAAUUAUUAACUCGCAAAUUUAAGUAAUGAUUUUUUCCUCGAUAUACGUUUUAAGAAAAUCUUGUAUUAGAGAGAGAAACAAAAGACCUUAAUAUUAAGUGUGUAUGUUUUGCAUUAAGUAUAUGUAAUAGUAUAAAAUUUUAUUUUACGGUGGUGUUUGAGAGAUGUGUGAGAGAGAAACAUUUUUAUGUUCAAAAAUUUAUAUAUAUACGUCAAGAGUUGUUGUAUCAAGUUGUAAAGCGCCAACACACAACAUUUUUUUUUUUUUGAGGAUGAGCUCUAACGCCAGUUUCUUAUUUUUCUUGUAGCAUAAAACUUAAAUAUUGUAUUUCUCAAUCAUUAUUAUAAUUGAAUCGUAUUUAUUAGGUAGAUUGUGGCUACGGCGGAGUAAAGAGUGUUCGCUCGCUAUGUUAAAUAUGUGAUAAUAGUCGUAUAUUUGUGCCAAGCGAAUGGCUCAACGAAGUAUGUUGCUUUAUCUUCGCCUACGUUUAUAUAGCCAUAGAGAGAGUUGUUUCAUCUAACGAAUCAAGAUGCAAUUUAGGUUUUUCGGAUAAACAGAGCGGCAACGAGAAAAAAA